UUUUCCUCUUUGCUUGAACUGCAUCCAUUUUCCUACAUCAAUUAAUUCCUGCAAUGGCUUUUAGUGCUUUCAGAAGAGCUCACAUAUAUGAAAAGCGAGCAGUCUCAAAAGAGGACAAGUCCUGCAUCCAGUGCCUUGAGUGCUAUGACCGAAAUAUUUACAUAGGGACCAAAGAUGCAGCAGUCCAACACCUCAUUCUUACAAGCAGCACAAAGGGAGAUAUGAGCGUUGGCCUGACCAAAAUCAGAGAAGGUAGGGCAAGAAAACUAGGCUCAAGCAACUCUGUAACUCAGCUGAGGGCAGUCCCACUUUUCAACCAUCUGCUGGUCCUGUGGGACCGGAGCGUUACUGCCCUCAACAUGUUUUCCUUAGAGCCUGUUCCUGCUCUGAAGAAGAUCCAGCACGUGUCUUUGUUUGAGGUGUGCGACUCAUCGCUCACAUCACAGGCAACAUGUGUGCAGAUGGUGACAUCCUCCAGCCGCAGGAAAGUGCUCCUGAUCCAUGUGGUGGGAGUGGACAGGUGGGUUGUAAAGGAAGUCUCUUUGCUCCAAGACCCUGUGGCCUUGGCAGUGGAUGGUGCAACUCUGUGUCUUGCUACCAGUGACAGGUACCUCCUCUGUGAUAUUCAGACUGGGAGCUGUGAGGAGCUUUUUCCUCAUAAUCACAGCAGGCAGUAUGUCAUCGUUACCUCACUGGGACAAGGUGAAUUCCUCCUGAAUGGGCCUGAAUAUUUGGGCAUGUUUGUGAUGAAGACGGGGAUAUGCCAGCGCCCUCCCCUGCAGUGGCCUCAGGAGGUGCUGGGGGCCGGGGUAUGUUUCCCUUACAUCCUAAGCCUGCAGCCCGAAUUGUUGUCUGUCUACAGCAUGUUAGAUCAGCAACGCAAACAGACUGUGAGUCUCAAUGGAGCAAAGGGUCUGCUUUCCACUUCAGACGGUGUGUUAGUGUUCACAGACAGAGACAUUUUCAGCCUGACCCUGGUGCCAUUCGAAGAGCAAAUCCAGGCACUUGUAAGACACGGUAGGGUUGAGGAGGCCUUACUGCUGCUGGAAGGAGCUCAAAGCCAUCGUCCACUUGACUCAUACAAGGAGCUACAGAAGGCCAUCAAUUGCCUGGCUGGAUUUGCUCAUUUUACCAGGAUGGUCUUUUCCCAAGCCAUAUUAUUCAUCAAAGGUGAGCUGGACCCCAGAGAAAUCAUUCGCCUCUACCCUGAUAUAUGUCUCGGUGUGGACUUUCAAUCUCAUCUUGAUCAAAUAAACAAGGGCAGAGAUCUCCAGGUGCUCGAGAAGGAGGACAGAAACAAAUUUCAUCGUUACCUGGCCUUCCUGGGAGAUUUUCUCAGAGCAGUAAAAGGGACAGAGCAAGGCCUGAAGUGCAGUAAGGCAGUGGACAGCACCCUCUUGAGGCUGUAUAUAGAAAUGGAAGAUGGUGAAAAACUCCAACAGCUUGUGGCCUUUCCCAAUAAUUGCAGCCUGGACCUCUGUGUUCCUCUUCUGGAGCAAAACCCCAGGUUUUUUGCUUUAGGUUCCCUCUAUGAAGUCAUGGAUGCUAAUGGUUAUAUUCUUCCAGAUUUGGUGAAGAUUACAGACGGCUUCUAUAAGGAUUCUUCCUGCUCAGAUGUAUAUGGACACAUAGUGAGGACCCUCAGUCAGCUCAGAGACAAAGACAACCGUGUGGGAAUUGCAGAUUGGAUUUUACAAAGAAACCAAGAGACAGGUGUGCAGAUUUUCACCAAGCGUCCACCAGAUGGUCAAUUUGAAACACCAGAUGUCCUUACAUUACUGGAGAAGUUUCCACUGGCAUUGAUUUUCUAUCUUGAGUACUUAAUCCACGAUUUAAACAGCGAGGAAGAGAGCCAUCACAACCGUCUGGCCCUGGCAUAUGUUACUCAGAUGCUGCAAGAAGAUGAAACAGACUCAAAUGUGAGGGUGACCAGAGGGAAAUGCAGGCAGCUGCUAUGGGAGUCCAAAUUCUAUAACAUCUCCACAGUGUAUGACAGCAUAAAGUCAACAACCCUACACCCAGAGAAAGCUAUUCUCCUUGGUAGAGCUGGUGAACACUGCCAAGCACUGCAGAUGCUUGUACAUGAGGAGAAAGACCUCCAGGCUGCAGAGGCCUACUGCUGCAGGGCUGUCCAGGACCAGGGUUCACAGUUCAGGCAGGUCCUCCUGCUCACUCUUCUCCAAAUCUACUUGAGCUCCAAAGAUCUCACAGGUGCAGCUGUGGAUCUACUCAAUAACCACCCUCAGGUUUUUGCACUGGAGAAGGUACUCCAGCUCCUUCCUGAAUCAUGGUCUGUUCAACUGGUCUCUCAGUUUUUAAUUGGAUCCCUCAGGGAAAACUUCCACCAGAUGCAGAUGGGAAGACUGCAACAGGCUUUGGCACGGGCGGAACUCUUGAGGCACAAGGUCAUUUGGAUGCGGGCAUCAAAAACAAAGUUCAGAGUGGACAAGGAGCAAAAAUGUAGCGUUUGCCAGAGAGACCUCACAGAACCACACUUUGCCCGUAACCCGCAGGGCAACACUCUCAUUUUCAUGACUUGCUACCUUGGGGUUUGGCAGAGUGCCACUGGGUGA